GCUGACUCAGCCCGGGCGGGGCUCCCGAACUUUCCCCGAGCUUUUUCUCCCGAUCCUACAACUCCAAAAACCGGAGCGGAGCCGCCGCCUGUCCCAGCCAUGCCCACAGAGACGGAGCGCUGCAUCGAGUCGCUGCUGGCCGUGUUCCAGCGCUACGCCGGCCGCGAGGGCGACUCCUGCACCCUCUCCAAGCGGGAAUUCCGCGCCUUCAUGGACACCGAGCUGGCCGCCUUCACCAAGAACCAGAAGGACCCGGGCGUGGUGGACAGGAUGAUGAAGAAGCUGGACAUGAACAGCGACGGGCAGUUGGACUUCCAGGAGUUCCUGAACCUCAUCGGGGGCAUCGCCGUGGCCUGCCACGACUCCCUGAUCCUCAAAUCCCCCAAACCCUGAACCCAGAGGCUCCGGCUCCAGCCCAGAUCCCCCCCGGAAUUCCCCAUGGAAUGCUGGAAGUGAGGGAAUGCGAGCAUUCCCUUUUUCACCCCCCUCCCCCUGCUUUUUUAUGGAUAAAUAAAAGUUUGAAAACGUUGAA